GCUCGUCGCGCGUAUGGGGUCCAGUUCUGUGUUACUGUUUACCGCGUUCUCUUUGACGCCUCUUGACAGACAAAAGCGUUGUCGCGCUCGAAUCGGGCCGCCAACGAUAGUACGUGUCACAUAUCGCGAGAAACAAGUUUUCCGAGCCUUGUCCGCAAGGACGACUGUCUUAUUCUCUCUCUUUCUUCAUCAUUGCACUUUCGUGUGGUGCCAUCGACAGUGUGGUGUCGAGCACUCGUGUGGAUCCUCGUCUCACUUUUCUGGGGUCAGUGCCUGCUCGAUCGGAUCCGGAGCAGGAGCUCCGGUUUUUAAAAGUCAAAACUCGAUUCAUUAAACUAAAUAAUCAAAUAUUUUCAAUACAAAGUUAUUGAUAAUUUCAAAAAAAUUAUCAAGAAAAAAAGUGAGAUUUAGAAAGUGAUAUUCAAACUUAAAUGGAACGUUAAGUGUAAUAAUUGACAAUUUUUAGUAACUUAAAUAGUUUCUUCUUCCAUUGAUUCCUUAUGGCUCUUAAAUAUCGUUCAAUCUCACCUACUUCUUUUUCACUAGACACUAAAAAGGAUGCGUAAUUAACGUGAGUGAUAGCGAUAACACAGGAAAACAAAGAAGAAACGUACAUUCCUGUUUUUUUCUCUCUCUUUUUUUUCACAAGUGUCUGCGUUAAGUGUCAUGCAGUGUCAUUUUUUGAUAGUCUGAAGCAAAGGGUACAUCUUGGUAUUUUUGAAGGUCUUCGAAUUAUUUCCAAGGUAUAUUAAUUGUUAAGAGGAAAAUAUCUUCUAUAUAGUCGCUUUGAGAUGAAAUUUAAAUUAGAAUAAAAUUGAUGCUCAUGAACCGCAUUGUAAUGGAUAAUGGCUUAAAAAGGAGAAUGCAGAGAGAAGAGUCGACAUCGGUCGUGAAUUAUCGACGGUGUUUUUCGAAUUCUUCUCAUCAGUGGUAUUUGUCGCAGGAUAUUUCGGAGUCCUCAAUCAUUAUUGGGUGGGGCAAAACUGCCAGGGUGGCGAUGCGACGAUGAGCCCGUCGAAGGAGGGGCAACGCGUCAUUCGACAAUCCCCUGAAGAAGAAAAAGAAGAAGAAGAAGAAGAAGAGGAAGAAGAGGGGGUGAUUUGUCCCGGGAAAAGGGCACAUUUUUUUAAAUUGAACAAGCUAAAAAGUGCAAUUUCAAUCGAUCGAUUAAUUGUUCAAAGUGGCCAUGGAUCACGAGACCAGAAACGGCACUGGCAACAACGACGGCGACGAGGAAUGCAUCAUUCAUUUUAUUAUUGGAAACCGCAAAGAAAUUGCCAGUUUCCGACCUGACCAAGUCACCAAUAAAGAAAUCAAGGAUCUUUUUAGAAAUGCAGCAGAGGCUGGACCUCUUGAUAUUGUGAAACUUCGAAAAGGGGAAAAAAUCUUAAACAUCUCUCCACAAUUGCCGGCAAAUACAUCUGAAGAUCCCUACAUCCUGCAGGUAACGAUGCAGGAUGUGUCUUCUUCCACUACUUUCAAGGUUGUUGGAGCUCAUCCUAGUACUUCGGGAAUGAUUGACAUAGAUGUGUGCUCUUUGGAAAGGCGAGUGUCGGCCUUAGAGCAAGAACAUCGAGAAGCGGCCUCGUCAAGAGCUUGUAUCACGCUUAGUGAACUUCAAGCACAAGUCAAUGCUAUAAAACAAAAGUUGGAAACAAUUGAGCAUCUCAGUUGGUUAGGCUUCCACAAGCAACUUCCGGAACCCAUUUCAUCGGAAGCAUGUCGCAGAUUGCAAUACCGACGUAAAAGUGAUAGCGUGAAACGUAAAGUACGAGAAAAAUUCUUCAACAUGUGUGACGUUGCACUAUCAACAAAUGUUCGUGAAUGGUUGAAAUCAUCAUCAUUUGAUGCACAACAAUGGGAAGAUGAAGAAUUACUUUUGAUGUUGCAAACAAUGUUCGUGGAACUGGAAAUACUUGAAAAAUUCAAUAUCUCGUUGACCACUUUGAGAAAUUUUCUCUAUGAGGUAUACAAUAAUUAUAAUGAGGUACCCUUCCACAACUUCAGGCAUUGUUUUUGCGUUGCACAGAUGAUGUACGCAAUUGCAUGGACUGUGGAUUUACCAUCGAAAAUUGGUCAUCUUGAAGUUUUGAUUUUAAUCGUAUCGUGCAUUUGUCAUGACCUCGAUCAUCCUGGCUACAAUAACAUCUAUCAGAUAAAUGCUCGUACUGAGUUAGCGUUGCGUUACAACGACAUCUCGCCCCUAGAGAAUCAUCAUUGCUCGGUGGCCUUUCGCGUCCUCGAAGCUCUGGAAUGUAACAUCCUGGCGUCCUUGGACCCAACGACCUACAGGACCGUAAGGGAAGGUAUCAUAAGGUGCAUCCUCGCAACUGACAUGGCCAGGCAUAACGAGAUCCUCGGGCAAUUUACCGAUGUCAUACCGGAAUUCGAUUACACGAACAAAGCGCACAUCAAUUUGCUCUCAAUGAUUCUAAUCAAAGUUUCGGAUAUUAGCAACGAGGCACGACCAAUAGAAGUCGCUGAUCCAUGGCUCGAUAGUCUACUGCAGGAAUUCUUUAAACAAAGUGAUGCAGAAAAAUUGGAGGGACUUCCUGUGACACCAUUUAUGGAUCGUGAUAAAGUAACGAAACCAUCGUCACAAUGCAGUUUCAUUGGAUUCGUUCUUCUUCCAUUAUUUGAAGCGCUUGGUGAACUUUUUCCCGAAUUACAGGAUCUCAUAGUAUCACCGGUACGAUACGCCCUCGAGUAUUACCGUCGUCUUAAUGAAGCGGCAAAAGACGAGCGGCUUCAUCGCAAAAGUGUCGUUGAUCUUGGUGAACACGUACCGUCGGCUACUUCCGGCGGAAAUUCUAGUUGCUCCUCGGUUGUGAAAUCAACUUCAUCCCAUAGUGUUCGUUCAAAACGAUCAGGUGGAACAAUUCAUUCUCGCUCAAGAUCAACGGAUGAAGAUGGAAUGGAAAAUUUAACAAUCGAAGAGGCUGACAAUCUCGAAAGUUCAGAUCCAGAAACAGCAACGGAAGUUGAAAUCAGUGAGAAGACAUUAAAAUUCAAAAUAUCAACUGAAGGUUCAAUAUCAGCAUCAUCAGUGGGUAGAAAAAGUUGUCCGGGAAGUCGAAAAGGAAGUAGAGAAAAAUCAUCAUUGGAUUAUCAUAAUCAUGAAUUUGCCAAAGCAAUGAGAGAACACGAUCGAAGAAGAAGUAAAGGUGAAAAUUUAAGUAGUGACAUGAGUUCUCCAAUUAGUGUUAAAUCAGGUGAAGAUUCACGUAUACUUGAAGAAUUUGAAAAAGACGAGACACUACUAAUUGAAUCAAUAAGUCCAAAAUCAGAAGGAAAUGGUAAUGUUACAACUGAAAAUUUUCCACAAAAAAAUAAUGUAAAUAAACGUUCAAUCAGCAUUAGUGGUGAUUCUGAUAUUGGAACAAAUCAUAAAGAAGUGAUAAAGGAUAUACGUUGUUGUCGUUGUGAUGAUAAAUCAAAUUCCAAUAAUCAAAGGUCAUUGAUGGCAAAAUUGAGAAAUCUCACCGAUCGUUUAAGUAUCAGUUUUGAUACAAAGGAGCCACCAAUUUUAAAACCAGUGAAACACGCCACAAAGAGUUUAAAUAAAAGCAAUUCAUUAAGCAGUGGUUCAUCAUCGACAAUGAGAUGCAAUGUAGUUUGUAAAAAAUGUAAUUUGACCAAAGCUAUUAAAGAAGGCAGGGAAACAAUAGUCGAUCUAUCAACUGGUGAUAAAAAAUCAAUGACCUUUCCAAAAGCAAGAAAAUAUCAAGACUGCAGGAGCAAGAGUUGGAAGACUGUUUUUGCCAAGGAAAAAAGACCAUCAAUAUCAUUGGAAAUAUUACCGGCAAGUAAUAUUGAAUCAACAAUUCCAAAACAUAGAAGAAAUCUCUCAAAUCCAGAGGGCAAAAUUGGUCAUAUAAAAAGCCAAAGUCCAAAUAAAGAAACAAAUAGAAAUUUUCGUGAUUUUAAAGAAAUUGAUGUAAGACCAAAAAAACCUGAAAUUCAUGUUGAUCAAAUAAAUCCCGGUAGUUCAAGUGCUGUUGAUCAAGAAUUAGGUAAUGUUGAAAUUAGAAGAAGUUCAGCGAGUAUGGAGGACAUAUCAAAAAUAACAAAACAAAAUGAAGCUGGAAUUUUAAAUUUAUUGGAAAAAAAAAAUAUUGAAGAUCAACAACAACAUACGGGAAGUCUUGAUUCAAUGCUAUGUAAAGAAUCAAUAACAACAUGUGUGAAAAAACCAACGGCAUUUUCAUCACCAGCGUCAACAAAAAAAUCAUCACCAGGUUUGUUUUCCCGCUUCAAAUCAGGAAUGAGUAUCGACGGUACAAGAAGCAGUAGUAAUAGUGGCUCUCUUCAUGAUCAACCGUCACAACAAAGCGGAUGGAUCUCUUCAUUAACUGCCAGCUUUCGCCCCAAAAGGCAUAUCAAUGAACCAACCACGUCUUCUCAUCCCACCCUUUCUCCUAGCAAUGAAUAAAUUUUAAGUCUUCAAAAUACGUCUUCAUUUUUAUAUUUUUAUUUCUCUUUUUUUUUUUUUUUUUUUAAUUAAAAAAGAAUAAUUAUUGUACAAAACGUCUUCCAAAAUCGUCUUCUCUCAUGCUUUUUUUUGAUAUUAAAAAAAAACAUUUUUAUUUUUAAACGAAUAUUCGCAAAAAAUAUUCUAAUUUUUUUUUUAAUUCUGGGAUUUUUCGAAUAUUAUACAUAUAUAUAUAUAUAUAUACGAAAUAUGCGCUAUAGAUGAGAAAAUUCAAUAUCUUAUAUAUAUAUCACUUAAUAUACUCUUUAUAUAAAAUAUCUUGCGAAUUCUUAUCGACAUAUUCUUUCCUUCAUAUUAAUCCCAGAUUAGCUCUAGUUCUACUAUCCUGUGAUAUCCCAGGACCUAAAUGAGAAAAAAAAACUAAAUAUAUUAAUAUGUUUUCAUUCAAUUAUGGAAAAAAAAACGAAAUUAUAUAAUCAAAAAAAAAGAGACUUUCCAUCUGAUUAGUUCCAAGAACUUACGAUGGAUUAAAAUCUUAUCUUUCGAUUUAGAAGAAGAGGAAAAAAAAAAUAAUAAUAAAAGAAAUGAAUUUAUUAGAUAUGUACUUCUGUGACUCUAGACUCGAGUAGCUAGAAUUUGAUUAAGUUUGUAGAAUAUUUUAUUUAUUGUAAAAAAAAAAAAUUCUAGUUUGUAGCUUGAACGAAUAAUAAUAAUUAAUGUUGUACGUUAUAUGUGUAUGUAUGUAUAUAAAUGUAUAUGUAAUAUAUUCAUAUACAUAUAUAUAAAAAAAAACUACAGCGUAAACACACACAAAUCGAUUAUUAGAAUUUAGAUAUAUAUAGUUAGAAAAAGCUUAUUUGUAGUAGCUGCCCAAAAAUCCCAAAAAAAGAAAAAAAAAAUGUAAUAAUUUUCAAUGUUGAGUGCAACGAGCAUUCUAUAUCGAGAAGGCCAUUUUAGAAUUUAUGUAAUUUAGCUUCUUGUAAUCAUUAACUUAUCGUCUUUUUUCACAAAAAAAUAAUUUCUUUUUAAUUGAAAAAAAAAAAAAAAAAUUUUUCAUGAAAUUUUCAAAAAAUGUUCCUUUAUGUAUCUAUUGUGAUAAAAAAUUCCAAAUUCUAUACAAUUUUAAAUUUUGUUUCAAAUAAUUAACUAAUUAAUGAAAAUUAAUUUUUUAUCCCAAAAAAUUCGUUUUUAAAAUUGGAAGAUGUUUUUGAAAUUUUUCGCAAAAAAUUUAAAGCGUGCAGUGAAAAAAAAAUUAUUUCAUUCAAAUAAUCGAUUAAUUAUUAUCCAAAUAAAUAUUUAUAUUACUUAAACCAAAUAAUUUUUAUUUAAAUUAAAUAAUUUGUAUUUGGACCAAUAAUUUCUGUAUUCGAAACAAAUACCAUUUAAUCAACCUGAAUAAUAAUUAUAAUUGUUAAAUAAUUAUUUAAACAUAAAUAUUUAGGGAAAAAAAUCUUUACCUGGGACAGCGAUAAGUUUCACUAUAAUAGCAAUAUGAUUCACUAAAACAGGGAAAGUUUUCGCUAUUCUAGAAAAACAUAUCGCUAUUCCAGAUAAAGAUUUUUUUUGCCUUUUUGAUAAUAGUCCAAUAAUCGAUUUGAAUUAAAUUUUGUAUUCAGUGCAUAAAAAGGAACAUUAAAAAAUUUUUUUUUAUUAUUACUAAAAAUAAUAAUAAUAAUAAUAAUUAUAUUAUUAAUAUAAUCUAUAAUUUUGAUAAUGGUCCACUUGAUAUGGGACGCGAUGCGUUUUUAUUAGAAUUCUAAUAUUAAAAUGAGGGCUGUUAGGAUGACUGGUGCCGAAAAAAAAAAUUUUUUCGAAAAAGAGAGAGAUAUAUAUUGCAGAUAAAAGAUGUAUGGGUUUUGAAUUGUGACGAACGAUUAUCUUUUAUGACUGAUAUUUUUCUGCAAAGAAAAUUCCUGAAGAUCAUAAAAUGUUUCAGAGCUCUAUAUAUAUAAAUAGUUUUUAAUUUUAAAAAAACUUUUAGUGUCAGUUGGGGUAAAUGGGGACAAAAUCGCUAUUUUUCACGAAUUAUGUUUCUUCCUUUAAAAGGUAAUAUUUGCGGGUUUUUUUUUUCUUUUUUAACUUGUUAUUUACGUUCCCAGGAUUAAUUUUAUGCAGCAGAAAAAAAAUUAGAUAUGCUUUAAACGCAUGAAACUGACUGUUCCAAUUUACCCCAAAAUUUAGAAAAUUUCAUAAAAUUUAGGGUAAAUGGGGACAGCAUAGUUUCUAAGAAAGUUUUAAGAAAAAAGUUUGAAGUAUAUUACUGUAUUAAGGGAUGAAAAAAGUUGAAAAAAAAAUUUGUAGUAGAUAUAUAAUAGUUGAACCAAUUGAAAAUUUUUUUUUAUUUCAGUAUUUUGUCUCGCAUUUGAAAAAAAGACUUAAAAAUCAUACCAUAUUUUUUUUCUUAUUCCUUAUGACUCCCAUAACAGAAAUUCAGUUUAAUUUUUGUUAAUUUGGUUAAUAAUGACAAGCUGUCCCCAUUUACCCCAAAAAUUUGAAAACUCCGGGUAAAUGGGGACAGUUUGUUAUUUUUAACCAAAUUAAUAAAAAUGAAAAUUUCAAGUGAAUUUCUGUUAUUGGUGUCAUAAGGAAUAAGAAAAAAAAUGAUUUUUAAAUCUGUUUUUUUAAAUGCUCAACAAAAUACUGAAACAAUUUAACUUUGAUUUUCAAGUUUUUAUGCAUUGAGCGAUAACUUUUUUUUAUCUUGCUGCCAAUUGUCAAGAUAAAAGUUUGGCAAUACUCAAAACCUCUUGAUCUGAGGUUAAAAUAUUGUCAUUGAAUUUAAUUUUAAAACUGUAAAUUAAAAAAAAAAAACCUCUUGUCCCCAUUUACCCCAAGUGACCCUAUUAUAUUUUACAUAAUCUGUGAGAGCAAUCAGAUAUCAAAUAAGUUGGGGGACCAUACUUUUUCUAUAAAUUAUAAUGAAAAUUAGUCAUUUUACUGUUUAUUGUACUUAUUUCAUUUUUUUUUCUUUUAAUUUUUAAUCAGAUUCUAGAUGAAUUUUUUUUUUUUUGAUCGUUCGUACCAAUUUGCUUCCAUAUUGACAUCGUUUUAUAUUAUGUUCUAGUAUGCAAUAUUAUGCUUUCAUUUUUAUCUUAGAUGUUUAUAUUUUUAUACACUCUAGUCUUAUAUGUUAUUAUUGUCAUCCCAAUUCGUUUUGGGCAUUUUGUUUUGUUUUUUUUUUUCUUCAAGUGACAAAUUAGGUAAAAAAAAAGGAAUUUUUCAAAUAAAAUUAAUUAAUUUAUUGUCGUUUCGCUCGGCAAACUCUUUUAGAUCUUGGAAAAAAAAUAUAACAAUAGAGUUUCGAUGAUAAACGUUACAAACUAUACUUGUGCCUGUAUUUUUUUUUUUUUUUAAUUAUUAAUAUUUAUUUGACUGUUUUUUUUUUUUAAACGAUUUUCGGGGAGCAAAGAUUUGGCCUAAAUGUCGUGUUUAUAGUUAAAUUAAAUGGGCCAAAUAUAUAAAUUAUUGAGACACACAUUGAAAAAUGCUUUGAUGUCAUAAAAUGGACUAUUCGUUGAUUAUUGUUAAAUGUCGGUCAAUUAAAAAAAAAAAAAAAAAAAAAAAAAAAAAAAAAAAAAAAAAAAAAAAAAAUAGUUUAAAAUCAUUGUGAACUAUAUUAUCUGUACAGUAACCGAAUAUAAUAUACGGAGUACGGAGUAAUAUCUUGAUUUUCAUCUUCGUUUCCAUUUUUUGAACUCGCGCCUCUCGUACGUUAAGUCGUUAUUAGAAUAUAAGAAUAUUGACUCGAACUCUUAAAUGAAGAAUCGUAAUUAUGUGCAUAAUAUACAAAACUGGUUUUACCUGAUGUGUAUGAAAGAAUUAAAAAAAAAAAAAAAUUUCUACACUCGCUGGCGAGUGUUAUCGUUAUUAUACAUAUGUUGUAACAUAAUUGUUCAGUGUUGCCAAUAGUGUCUUUAUUUAAAAGAAAAAUGAAAAUAAUUUUCAGCCUUCAAAUUUUAUUUACAAAUUGCAUUUUAAUAUAAAAUACAAUUAUAAUCAAAUUAAAACAAAGGAUCUAAUUUACUGAUGAUAUUUUUCAUAUAAAAGCAUUUUUUUUAAUUUAAAAGCAAUUUACAUGCCUUUUUUUUGAAAAAAAUGUAUUUUAAUUAUUUUUAAUAUUUAAAAGAUUUUAAAUAAAUCAAAAUAAUUUGUCAGCACUGAACGACAUUGCAAAAAAGAUACCUACCGUUGAUUCCGUUCAUUCCGUUUGAUUCUAAGGUGUCGUAUAUAAUAUAAUAAUAUAUUAUAGAAAAACUAGGUUUAAGAUUCUAAAUCUGAACAAUAGAGUCAACCGUAUCAUGAAAACAGCCACGAUCAAGUAGUUUUUUGUAAAUGAAAUAAUAAACGUAUACGUCAACAAA